UCCGCGGCUUUCGACCUCCUCAACGGCCACAGCAAGUGCCACAUCCGCGAGGGCGGCGACGGGAAGACGCACCUCCGCGGCGAAACGGAGGUGCUGGCGCACGGCCGCGUGCGGGUGCGGCCCAUUGCCACGAAAGCCUGCUGGAGCUUGGAUGAGUUCCUCGCGCAUCUCCGUGGGCGGUUGGCGUUGCGCGCCACGGGGACUUCGACGGUGCAUGAGCUGAGUUCGCGGACGCAUGCCGUGCUGGAGGUGGACGUGGUGUACCGCGCGCUGCUGGCGGCCAGGGAGACGGUCGUGGAGCGCGAGUCGGAGUUCGUCCCUGUUGCGAAGCGGGCGACGGAUGUUUAUCUGGAGGAAAGUUUGAAGGGGUUGGUGAAGAAUGAGGCGAGGAAGUACGUCCCUAAUCCUGGUUAUCGGGUGGAUCAGGCGAGGAUUGACGAGGCAGAGGCUAGAAAGGCGGAAUUCUUGGGGUAUGUGGAGGAUGCAGUGAGGACGGUGGAGGAGGUGAUGAAGAUGGCGGGACAUGCCUGCCUUGGGGGCAAGUUGGUGUCGGUGGAUCUGGCGGGGUCGGAGUUCUAUCAUGAUAAGAGUAUUGCGGCGGUGCCGCGAUUGCCGCGAUUGAAACCGUCUUCCCAGGAGCAGCGCACGGGCAGGCAGAUUAACACGGAUCUGCUCGCGCUGAAGGAGGUGAUUCGUGCCAGGGCUGCGAGGGCGGCCAGGAUACCGUAUCGGUCUUCGCCGCUUACGAUGGUGCUGAGGGAGCAUUUUCAGGGGACGACGGGUGGGGAUGAGAAGGGCGGUUCUUGUUCAAGGAUGAUUUUGACAGUUUCGCCGGCUUUGGGUCAGGCGGCGGCCACAGUCAAUACGUUGAAGUAUGGGAAUUUGGUUGGGAUGGUGGAUCUUGGUAAGUAG